AGAGUCUUUUUUGCCUCUAGUUUACUGAAGCUACUCCCUCUAUUUAAGUUAUCCUUUCUCCUCCCAUCACAAAGCAAAAGGAAGCAAAAAAGCAAGAAAGAAAGGAGCAUCUCAAUUUCCACUUCAAUUCAAUUAUCAUCAUCCUCAAAAGCAAGAAAGAAGCAAGCAUGAGUUCUACAACCAGAGCUUGGACUGUAGCAGCAAGCAUUGGGGCAGUGGAAGCUCUGAAGGAUCAAGGGUUCUGCAGAUGGAACUAUGCUCUGAGGUCCCUUCAACAGCAUGCCAAGAACAACAUCAGAUCUUAUUCUCAAGCCAAGAAACUCUCUGCCAAUUCUUAUUCUGCUGUUUCUGAGAAGAUGAGAAAUGAGAGGUUGAAGAAACCAGAGGAAUCACUGAGAACAGUCAUGUACUUGAGCUGUUGGGGUCCUAACUAGAUUUAAGCCCCCAUCUAUUUUUUGUAAUUAUGGACUUGUUAUAUUUAUUCCUUUAAUCACAAAGUUUGUAUUUAAAAAAUCAACAGAUGUCGUCUUACAGCUUGAAGGUGGAAUUAUAACAUAAUGAAGAUUCACCAUCAUA